UGCAACAGAAAACUUUAAAAAUUCAAAGUUAUCUUCUCCCUGCUUAUCAUUCAAGAAAAGUUUCAUCCUUAAUAAUUUUUCUUCCACAGGUUGCUUGCUCUCCAAUCUUCGAACUGUAAUUAAAAAUUUACUCUCCUUUCUCAGAGCAGAGAUAAGCUUAGAGAGAGAAGACAAGAAUCCAGGUGGCGAUCAGCGAGCGGGCGUAUGAAACCCUUAGCCCAAUAUUUUUCUCCCAUUUGUUCUCUCCUUUUCUUCUCUUUUUUUAGUUUAUUGUUUGAUUUUUGUCGGCUUUUAUACUUUCUGCUCCCUACUCUACUUGCCCCUAGGUUUUCCCAAAGCCAACGCUUCGCUGUCCUCCCCCAAUCUCAAUCAUCGCUGCUUCAAUUGCGAAGGGAGAAGAUGGGAGCGGUGCUGAUUGCAAUUGCUGCUGCGAUUGGGAAUCUUUUGCAGGGUUGGGAUAAUGCUACCAUUGCUGGGGCUGUUCUUUACAUAAAGAGGGAAUUUAACUUGGACAGUGAACCACUUAUAGAGGGUUUAAUUAUAGCUAUGUCUUUGAUUGGAGCCACUCUCAUCACUAUUGUCUCGGGAGGCAUAUCUGACUCUAUUGGUCGCCGUCCAAUGCUAAUCCUUUCUUCAGUACUCUAUUUUGUCAGCGGUGUCGUUAUGUUGUGGGCUCCGAAUGUCACUGUCCUUCUCGUUGCAAGACUUAUAGAUGGCUUUGGGAUCGGUAUAUGUGUAACCCUUGUCCCUCUAUAUAUUUCUGAGACAGCCCCUUCAGACAUAAGGGGGUUGUUGAAUACCCUUCCACAGUUCACUGGAUCAAGUGGGAUGUUUAUAUCAUAUUGUAUGGUUUUUGGAAUGUCGUUAAUGGCGAAACCUAAUUGGAGACUUAUGCUUGGGGUUCUCUCGGUUCCUUCUUUAUUGUAUUUUGCAUUGACAGUGCUUUAUCUGCCUGAGUCGCCAAGGUGGCUUGUUAGUAAAGGGCGCAUGCUUGAGGCAAAGCAUGUUUUGCAAAGGUUACGGGGAAGAGAAGAUGUCUCAGGAGAAUUGGCUCUUCUUGUUGAAGGCUUGGCAGUUGGUGGGGAUAUUUCAAUUGAAGAAUAUAUAAUUGGACCUGCUGAUGAGCUUAUUGACGAGGACCCAGCAGCUGAAAAAGAAAAGAUUAUGUUACAUGGGCCUGAAGCAGGCCAGUCUUGGGUAGCUCGCCCCGUUAAGGGAGAAAGUGUCCUCAGAAGUUCUCUAGGUAGUGUCUUCCGCCAAGGGAGCCUGGCAAACUCGAAGAUCCCUCUUAUGGACCCUGUCGUCAUUCUUUUCGGAAGCGUCCAUGAAAAGACGCCUGAAUUGGGAGGAAGUAUGCGAAGUACGUUAUUUCCCAAUUUCGGUAGCAUGUUCAGUGUGGUUGGUCAGCAACCCAGAACGGAGCAGUGGGAUGAAGAGAUUGGCCAAAGGGAGGGUGAGGGUGAGGGUGAGGGUGAGGUUGAGGUUGAGGUUGAAGGUGAGGAUUAUCCAUCUGAUGCUGAAAGGAGUGAUAUGGAUGAAAAUUUACAGACUCCUCUGCUUUCUCGUCAAACAACGAGCAUGGAGGGCAAGGACAUUGUCCCUCAUCAAGCUUCUCAUGGAACUACUUUAAGCAUGAGACAGAGCAGUCUUUUGCAAACUGGGGAUGCAGUCAGUAGCAUGGGUAUUGGGGGUGGAUGGCAACUGGCUUGGAAAUGGGCGGAAAGAGAAGGAGCAGAUGGGCUUAAAGAGGGGGGAUUCAAGAGAAUUUAUUUGCGUCCAGAGGGUGUUCCUGGGUCACAGAAAGCUUCUAUUGUUUCUCUUCCUGGAGGUGACUUCCAAGGACCUGAGGUUGUUCAAGCAGCAGCAUUGGUGAGUCAACCUGUGCUUUUUUCAAAAGAGCUGAUGGAUCAACAUCCAGUUGGACCAGCUAUGGUUCAUCCGGCAGAGGCAAUUUCUAAAGGGCCAAGGUUGGGAGAACUUUUCAAUGCUGGAGUCAAGCAUGCACUGCUUGUUGGAGUUGGGAUCCAAAUUCUUCAACAGUUUGCUGGUAUAAACGGUGUGCUCUACUACACCCCUCAGAUUCUAGAGCAAGCAGGAGUUGACGUUCUUCUUUCAAACAUUGGCAUAAGUGCAGAUUCAGCAUCUAUUCUUACAAGUGCUCUCACAACCUUGUUAAUGCUCCCAGCUAUUGGUGUUGCCAUGAGGCUAAUGGAUAUAUCAGGCAGAAGGAGUCUUCUACUGGCCACUAUACCGGUUCUCAUAAUAACUCUCAUCGUCUUGGUUAUCGCCAAUCUAGUAAACUUAGGUACCGUUGCUCACGCGGUUCUCUCAACCAUUAGCAUCAUUAUCUACUUCUGUUUCUUUGUCAUGGGCUUCGGCCCAAUACCCAAUAUCUUCUGCGCUGAGAUUUUCCCUACUCGUGUUCGUGGUAAUUGCAUCGCUAUAUGUGCGUUCAGUUCUUGGGUCGGAGACAUUAUUGUCACCUACACUCUUCCCUUGAUGUUGAGCUCUAUCGGGCUCGCUGGUGUUUUUGGCAUAUAUGCAGCUGUGUGUGUUAUUUCUUUGGUGUUUGUUUUCUUGAAAGUUCCGGAAACAAAGGGCAUGCCUCUUGAGGUCAUCACUGAGUUCUUUGCCAUUGGAGCGAAGCAAGCAGCCAGCAAUUAGCGCGUUGGCCCGUGUUCGCCACUUGUGAUUAACAUUUCCUCGCGCCUUGAUGCGUGGUUUGAAGAUUUAAUGAGGUUUUGGAGACUCGGAGCAGGAUUGUGGUUGGUGUAUUUAGCUUGAAAUUGGAUAGAUUGAGAAACAGGGAUCUUAAAGAAUAAUCUUUUGUUUUGUUUUUUCUGUUUUUUCCCCGUUUUCCUUUUUUCACUUUUAGGAAGUAUUAAAUUCUUUUGCUUUUUGUUUGUGGGAGAUGUAUGAUGUUGCUUUUGCAGAUAUCGAUCUUUAUGUGGUGUUUCCUGAGAUCUCA